AUGACAACGAACUCAGUUGACGAGGCACGGCAGCUUCUGUCCCAGAUAAUCAACUUAAACGAGUUAAUUGACUGUCUGUGGAAGACCCUAGACCGUUACCCAGAGCCUCAGCGAUCCCUUGCCAUGGCUAUCACCAGAAUGCCAGUGAACGACGGAGGACAAUUCACUGCUACACAAAUGUACAACGCCAUUGAGGACUCAGAUCCACAACUUCUGGAGGGUGCAAACAUCAACACCGUCGAAUCCCUGGCGAAAGAAGACUUAUCCGCUUAUCAUUUCCAUGAUCAUGGGUUCCUCCUUAUCGACAAUGUAGUCAGGCAGAUGUUCCAGCGGUAUUUUCCAGUGGUAUCUUGUUGA